UCCUCCUCCUCUUCUCUCUCUCUCUCUCUCUCUCUCUCUCUCUCUAUCUCUCCGCCUCCCCGGCGCCGAAAGCCUAAAGCCAGCAUCCGAUCUUGAGAUCAUGAGCGCCCGCGAGCUGCUUGGCGUCGACCCCCUGGAGCUCAAAUUCCCCUUCGAAUUAAAGAAGCAGAUCUCGUGCUCUCUUCAGCUAUUCAACAAGACCGAUGACUACAUUGCUUUCAAGGUCAAGACCACGAGCCCGAAGAAGUAUUGCGUGCGGCCCAACACUGGAAUUAUAUUGCCUCGACAAACAUGCGAUGUCAUUGUUACAAUGCAAGCACAGCGGGAGGCUCCUCCUGACAUGCAAUGCAAGGACAAAUUUUUAGUUCAGAGUGUUGUCGCGAGUCCUGGUGCAACCGUAAAGGAUAUCACCCCAGAAAUGUUCUCUAAAGAGUCUGGUAAUAUGGUGGAGGAGGUCAAAUUGAGGGUUGUAUAUGUGUCACCACCUCAGCCACCUUCACCGGUCCCUGAGGAAUCCGAGGAGGGUUCAUCACCUAGGCCUUCCAUAUCGGACAACGCAAACAUGACUACCAGAGAAUUUGUUUCUGCUGCAUCGAGGGAGGAGAGUGAGCUGCAAGAAAAAUCUUCAGAGGCAAUGGCUUUGAUUUCAAGGUUGACUGAGGAGAAGAAUGCUGCUGUUCAACAGAACAAUAAACUUCGACAGGAGUUGGAGCUUACGAGGCGAGAAGUCAGCAAACAGCAUGGUGGUUUCUCCUUCAUGUUCGUGGUUAUUGUUGCCUUGCUGUCAAUCCUUUUGGGCUAUCUUGUGAAGACAUAAUUUCUCUAGGUGUUUGUAUCCUGUUGGCCAUUCCUAACAGGAAAGGAUGACUGAAAUGAGAAGAUCUGAAAAAUUCCAAGGUUGAUUGUGUGAAGCGGUUUGUAGAAAUCUAGAACACACUGACCUCAUGUUCGGCAAUUCUCUGCUUGUCACUCGGUAGUCAGCACAUGUAAUUUGUGAUCUGCCAAGCCAUUUUGAGUUAUUCUUCUUUUGUAACUUAUUCUUGUUUUGCCCUCUUGAUUUGAAUAGUGAGGAAUCGAUUGUUUUAAAUUUCCAAAACAUUGCACAUCCUAAAA